AUGUCUUACGAACACAAUAACCGAUACUACCAGCGCCCGCGCCAUGACUCUCACUAUACAUCUCGCGACACCAACGCCUAUGCCUACUCGCGGCAUGACCAGACUCUAGCUGAAGCUCGCGAGCAGCUGGCAGACAUGCGUCAAAGCAAUCCGUAUACUUCGUCCUACAGCACCUACAGCGCCGAACCCCGCACUUCCCCACCUCGACAACCCGCACCGUACUCAUACAGGUCACACAUGCAAAAGAGGACAUGGCCGCCAUCUCCAAGCGUCGAGGACGAGAGGGAGGCGCUAGCAAAAGAGGCGCCGUCGUUCGUGGGGUCGUCAGGACAGGCCGAGGGUGAGCCGCCGAUCAACACGCGGGGCACCGUCGAUCAGGACGCUCUCCUGGACGAGAUUGAGCAGCCGAGAGUCGCACAAGACCAUGACCGCCGCUUUGUACUCGUGCCUGAAUCCAGCACCGACCAUGAUGGCGCGUACAAAACCAGCACGCUUCGCGAUCGUCGCCGGAGGAGCUUUGCUGAGCGUGGGGGCAUGUCGCACAUCCACACUGACGUCCCAGACCCCCCUCUGUUCACUGAGCGAGAGAGGAUGCCCUAUGGUUAUUCCAAGCCCCAGAAAGAGCCUAGUACGCCUUCGGCUACAGAGUACAUGCGCUCUCCAGAACCCAUGACCCCAUCGGAUAGCGCUCAUCCUAGAUCUGAUCCAAGUCGCGAUACUAGGGAUGCACAGAGUAAACCAUCGAGACCGAGACCAAAUGAACGCCGACACGACUCUUACACGACGCCGCGAUCCUCAAAGAAGGAGUAUGUAUUCGACUCAGACUCCGAAACCGACAGCACAACUCACCUGCGAACCGAACGAAAGCCCGCGCGUUACAGCUUUGUAAAGAGCGACUUACAAAGGGAGGAUCUAAGGACAAACCUGCGAGAUACACAGGAGAGGCCUCAAUCGCGGCGGCGCGACUCGGGGCAGCGUCCACUGCCGACGAUACGUAAGGGUGAUUCGUCAGGCUCGUUCAAGGAACACUCGAGCACUCAGUCACCGCGCUCGUCUUCGUCCUCUAUCAACAGCAGUACAAGGAAAUCGAGACCUGUGCCCGUUGAUACCAUCUAUGCUGACGGUUCGCACCCAUUGUCCAGACCGACCUCACCAUCGCAGUGCGCACCCUCGCCUCAACUACCCACACGAUUACGCGACUCUCAUCCAGAAUCUCGACCCUCGUCUCGCGGUGGCGUUCGACCAGCUUCUCCCCUAUCUUCUUCAACUACAUUCCAGCCUUCUUCGCCGGGCCGUGGUCGGGUGCCCAUAUCGGAGGCAGAUUGGCACUCUACCUAUCCUCCUGCGCCUGCCGGUGACAGGUCAAAACAACCCUCUCGAUAUGGCAGGUACGAGACCAUGCCGCUUCCGAGGCCUCGGAUCGAUGUUCAAAGUCCAUCUCCAGCGAGACCAUCAACUGCCGAUUCCACUUUGCCAUACCCGAUAGAUGAUCAGCUCAUCGACGCCUUCAUGCCACCAGAGGAGCACUAUCAAUUCGAUCACUCCACUGUUGGUUCGCCGAGAGAAAGCUAUGUGGACAUCCCGAGAGCAACGUCGCCGUCUGUCUCUGGCUCACCAUAUACAAGAGACAUACCUUCCCGGCCAAGGAGGCAGGAUGCUGAUACAUUAGAGGAGCCGGCGCGUGCGAGACGAACCAGGUCAGACAGUAUUCGCUCGCAAGACGGUCGCCGUGAGAGAUCGUCUCGGCGGACUGCCUCUAUGGACAGACCGCUUCCUGAUUGCCCGAGAGCUGCCAAAACUGGACCUUACGAUGAUUGGUACGCUCUUCAAGGAUACAAGAACUUCAACAUCUGCCCUAGUUGUUAUGAUGGCGUCUUUGCUGGGACCCCCUUUGAAGUGGACUUCAAGCAAAUCUGGUUGGGUGAUUGGUCGGUCGAGCGGGCCUGUGACUUCAGCAGCCCAUGGACACGCCUUGCCUGGCUACUCACAGUCAAGCAACGUCGCAAAUCGCUCGAUCUGAUCUACGCAAUUGCUGAUGUCAUGGACUACGUAGCCAGCCCGUGCCCUGGAGAUCGUGAAGCUGGCACAGAACGCAACGUUAGCUGGUAUGGGAUUCCAGAUCAAAGCAACGGCACGUAUGUAGCCAACUUUGCUAUAUGCUCAAGUGACAGAAGGAUGAUUGAGGCCUUGUUGCCAUCUCUUCGGGGUUGCUUCACCAAGAUUUCACGCGGAUACGUGGAUCCCUCUGAUAAAUGCAGCUUGCGUACAAGCUCCCCCCGGUUUGCGAAAUAUCUGGACUUGCUCGUGGAACUCGACAGAGAGGCUGAGUCGUCCGGCCGACUACCCGAUCUGAACCGCUUCAUCAAGUUAGUUCGUGAAAACUCCUUCAAGGGUGAGUGUGCAAGGUCCAAGACCUUGUUCCGUAAACCAUGGCACUUCAUCCCUUCUCUACCUGAGUUUACAGUAUGUGAACAAUGCUACGACGAGCUCAUCUGGCCUGCCACCCAAUCCAAGUCCAUAACGUCUCCUAUACCGCACCUGUUCAACAAGUCGAUCCAGUUAGUCCCUGGCGAGGAUCCAGAUGUCGGAUCAAGCUGCUGUUUGUGGAGCAAGAGGAUGCGCGAGGUUUGGAGGGAAACUCUAAAAUAUGACGACUAUUCAUACCUUAAGAGCCAAGCGAGAGAGAGGAAGAGGGCCGAGUCCAAGUAUAUGAAGAACAAGAAGCAGAUAGUCGAGUGGCUAGGUGAUGCGCCGAAGGGAAGUAGGAAGUACGCGGAGGCAGAAGAUGCAAUGAGAGAGUUGAAGAACAGUUGGUAUACCUAUGAGUGA